AAUCGAUUUAGCAACAACCGUAGUUUAAGUAAUGUUCGUUUAUUCGUUUUAAAGGAUUUACAGCGUAGCGUUAGGUUAGAUUAGGUUAUGCCUAUGGGUUAUAUUUACAUAUCCCUAUAAGAUGUAACCCAUAUGGAUUAUUAUGAUAUGGAUUACUAUGUAGAUUUAGAUUAAUAUUACAUAUGGAUUAUUAUACAGGUGGGAUUAUUAUUACCAUAAGAUAAGGAUUUAUAGCGUUAUUAUAAUUGGAGCAAUAAUAUCGAACAUAUGGCAUUGUUUAUACAGCAUCUAACACCAGCUAUAGUAGCUGUUCCAGUAGUUAGAACAAUGGUUGUUGCUAAACUGAAUUAACGUUGCCGUAAACGUGCUCAACGUUGCGAUCAUCGCGGUGCACGUGGCACGGAUGACAGCAGCGUCGCGUCGUGACAGUAUUCCGCGUGCGCGCGUACGUGUACGUGUGUGCGGUCGUUUUAACUGUUCUUUAAUUUGAUGCUGGUGCUUCACCGAUGUACCGACCCACCUUGACCCGUUUUCUUAUUUGAAUCUUACGUAUACUGGUCUUGCCUUCCGUUCAAUAGCGCUUUUUGCUUUUUUUUUGUGUCGCUCCGAUUCAUCUCGAACAAUUCAGCUGGUCGAAUAACUGCUGACAUGUCAGCAUUUGUGUUUGAGAUUUAAUAUGCCUCGGCUAAGAUCUUUGUACGCUUCUUUCUACGCACGCCGUUUCAGAAAAUUUCAGUCGCAAGAAGAUUGCGAUGAAUUUACAAAGAAUUAAUCUCUGAAUUAAUCGCGAGCACGUGGAAGAUCCACGUGUUCACGCGCGUCUUCCAUGUUGCAGAAUACCAUUUACCAUACGACGUUUAUAUCAUGAAGAAGAGUUUUAUUAGUAAAUUUAAUAUUCUGAUAUGAAAAAUAUUCUGUUGGCGCAUAAAAUUUAUGCUAACUUUUUUAUUUAAAAAUUAGAAAGGGGAAUGUUUUUCUGAAUAUAAUUAUGUUACAUAAAUUAGAUAUAAAUCUCCUUCAAAUUGCAAAUACAUGUCGAGCUCAUUACACCUUUUAUUUAUCUAAACCGGAUGUAAAUUGGAAACUUAACUACAAUAUCUUAUAUAAAUGCACAUUAAGACUUAUCUAAAAUGCGUACUGGACUUACAUUAAACGGAUGAUAAGGAUAACUAAUAAUGGACUCUUGCACAAACUCGCAUGUUUGUGUCAAGUACAUAUCACAUCGCGUAUAUAUUAUGUAUAAAUUCUGUCGCAAUUCGUGCAUCGAAUAAAUUACUCUGAAAUAAUGUAAAUGUACCUCACAUACAAAACUACAUUUUCUCCCUAAAAGUUCGCCAUAAAAGUCACGGAGAGUUCAGCAAUCGUUGCUGCCAGCCCCUUUCCGUCAGUCUUCCGUUUCUCCUCGGCGCAAGUGCACGUCAGGCGUGACACACUUUCACAGUAUAGCCGCUCCUGGUACACGUCACGUGUGCCAAUAUACCACCGUAAAACAGCCUGGUGGCGGCAGUCUUCGUGCGUUUUUCCGCAGGUUUGGUAGUGUCCACCAGCUUCUCGUGAGAAUGAACGAUCGCGGUGUGGUGAUUGUCUCGGCGGUCAGGAGUCCCAUAGGAUCCUUCCGUGGCUCUCUAGCUUCACUAAAAGCGUCGGAGCUGGGCAGUAUCGUUGUCAAGGAAAGUCUGACAAGGGCUGGAUUAAAUGGAGCUGAUGUCUCUGAAGUUAUCAUGGGACAGAUACUGACUGCAAUGGAAGGUCAGAAUCCUGCUAGGCAAGCAGCGAUAAACGCCGGAAUACCUGUCGAUGUGCCUGCUUAUCAAUUAAAUAUGCUAUGCGGCUCCGGUCUAAAUAAAUUAGGCAGCACGUCCCGUAUGCGAAAUAACGUCAUAACGCAUUGUGUGAUACGUCGCAGGUCUGUAGUAACUGGUUAUUGUUCCAUAAAAUCAGGCGAGAGCGAUGUGAUAGUGGCCGGCGGUCAAGAGAGCAUGAGCAGAGCGCCGCACGCCGUUUGUCUCAGGGAGGGUAUAAAAUUUGGGAAUUGUAACUUGGUUGAUACGUUGAUGGAGGAUGGCUUGAUGGAUGCCUUUUACGACAUUCACAUGGCGAUUACAGGUAAGGCAGAAUUACUACUAAUUACUAAUUUCAGUAUUCGAUUUCUUUGCCAGGAAUUUCACGAGUCUAAUCCUCACCGGAUAUUCUUCAAUUAUUCAUCUUGUUCGCCAACAGCUGAGAACAUUGCUGAGAAAUACGCGAUAAGCAGAGAGGCGCAGGACGCCUACGCGAGCAAGUCUCAGCAGAAGGCGGAGGCCGCGAUCGUCGCUGGACAUUUCGAUAAGGAAAUCGUCCCGGUGAUUAUCGCGGAGAAAAAGGAACCCGUCGUCGUAUCGAAGGACGAAUUUCCAAAAUUCGGGACGACUGCGGAGAAGCUCGCGAAGCUAAGACCAGCAUUCAGGCCGAAAAACGGCACAGUCACCGCCGGCAACGCAUCCGGCGUGAACGACGGUGCAGCCGCUGUGGUGCUCAUGUCUCAGGAAGCCGCUGAGAGGAAGGGAAUCCCAUCGUUAGCCAAUAUCGUUGCGGUCGCACAGGUCGGAGUGGAGCCGCAAUUUAUGGGUCUCGGGCCGAUCGGGGCCAUCAAGUUAGUCUUGAAGAAAGCGAACUGGACGAAGGAGGAAGUGGACUUCUACGAGCUUAACGAGGCCUUCGCGGCGCAAGCGAUCGCGUGCGUGCAAGAACUCGGGCUGGAUCCCGAGAAAGUCAAUGUAAACGGCGGUGCUAUCGCUCUGGGUCAUCCCGUUGGCUCGUCUGGGACGAGGAUAUUAGUCACGCUGUUACACACUUUGGAAAGAACCGGAAAGAGAAAGGGUGUCGCGUCCUUGUGCAUUGGAGGGGGAAUGGGAAUCGCCGUCGCUGUCGAGAGAAAAUAACGAACGUCUUCCUUGUACUUGUGUUAUACCGGAUUUAUUAUCUUAUCUUUGUUGAAGUAUUAUCUUAUAACGUUCCUCUUGUAUUAUGCGUCGAACAGUGAGCGGACGUCUGUUAUCAAGUUGUGUAACAAUUCACAAUGCCUAAGUAUUGCUCGUUUACUUG